AUACGCCCCGCACUUGCAUUUUUACUAACUUAUUCAACUACUUCACGAAAGGGGGAGAACGGGAAGGACGCGCGGGCUGCGUGACAACGAGCAGAGCGGGGCCUUAUUCGGCCCCCUCUUCACCAUUUUUUUCCCUCAGAACACGGUUGAGGACGCAGUGGGCUCGCCUCAGACACGCAAUGCGCUUGAGGCGACUUGCCGGUGGGCUCAGCGCAGCCCACUACCCUACACGCGUCCUACGACGCGUUUCCCCUCCACCCCACCCCAUCUCCACCCUUCUCCCUCCAUCCCUCGGGCAGGAUCGCCUCUAUGGCGAUCCUGCACCUCGCUGGCGAUGCGCGUCCACUGCAGGGGCUGCCCCCGGCACGCUGCGCGUCCACCUUGGCUGCGCUUGGCCAUCCAGGCGCGCCGGGUAAAAGCCAGCUCGUGCUCCCUCAAGGAGUUGCGGAGGGCGAGGGCGCUGUGAAGGAGACGCGCGAGCUGAGCACUGCGCAAACAGGGGGCGCGCAGGAGAAGGGGAGCAGCGGGGAGAGGGACACACGAAGGAGGGGGGCGCGUGAUCGAAGGGGACACGCGAGCAUGCGUGAAGGGAGAGGGUGGGAAGGCAGGAGCGGGGAGCGCGCGCGAGAACCGUCCUCACCGCCCCCUGGCCUACGUGUAGCAUCGCACUACCCCCUUCCCCUGCUAGCUCGAGUGCGAUUGCGCGCACGGGAUGCAAAAGCCGUGGGCAAUCGGCCCAAGUUGUGUGCCCUCCACCCCCAAGGCCAUACUUCCCGCCUCGCAUGGCUUUCCCAGACCCCCGUCGAGCAUUUUCUCGACGGGGAAGCACUGCGCUUCUCUCGCAGUGGUCCUAGCCUCUACCGCGUUAUACCCCCACCUCCACCCCCUCUCACGUCGCGUUCGUACCCAGCGUUCGCUUUUGAUUCCCUACGAGCAACCCCCGGAUGCGCGCAGCGAAGCCGACGAUGACGACGGCAAUUAUCGUCGCGUGCGCGAGACCUUGACAGGAAGUGUAUGUCUUCGCAAGUGGAAUAGUCGUUGUACAAGUUACUGAGGUAUUUCAUGUCCGAUGUGUUUGAAACUUUCAAGAUGGUGUCAUACUUAUAUCAGAUAAUAUAUUUCAGUCAUAGUCUACCUCUAAA